GUGCCGUCAACACGGGGCGGCGUCUUGUUUGAGUGGCUGGCAGCUGGCGGCCGUGUGGGUGUGUCGCCGCGUGUGUCUGGUGUGUGUGCUGUGCGAGGCUGCGGGGGAAGGAAGUGCUUGGUGUGCUGAAGAGAGAAGAAGACCUUCCAAGUUUUGAAAGCAUCCUGGAGACUGUGUCCUGUCUUUCUGCCAGCACAGAGGCCGCUUUAGAGAAGGAUCUAAUUUGACUGUCAAUGACAUCUAGGCUCUAACAAGGGAAAAAGAGGCCUCCAGAGGGAUCAUGGUGGCAGUUGGUACCGAGAAAGAGGAACAUGUCCUCAGGUGUACCUGGGACAACAUUAGCCAGGUUCCCCAAGGGCCCCUUGUCACAUAUAUUCUGGAUAAAGUUGCCCAGGCAGGGGAAGCUGAUGCCUUGGUAGAUGGGGUGUCAGGAGAAAAGUUGAAAUACUCUGAGCUGACAGCCUGGGUGCGCAAUGUGAGCUAUGGGUGGCAAGCAGCUGGGCUGGAGGCUGGCCAGGUGGUGUGUGUAGUUUCCCCAAACUGCAUCCUUGCCCCACCAACCUUCCUCGCUGCUGUGGCUGCUUCAGGCGUUGUCACGUUUGCCAAUCCACUGUACACUCCAGACGAGCUGCGCCGCCACAUCUCCCACAGUUCCUCAAGCUGGAUUGUUGUUCACCCGCUGUUCCUACCAAGUGUACAAGCUGCUGUUAAGGAUAACAGUGAAAUAAAAGGUAUUUUUGUGAUGGGAAAGGAAGCAGUAGAUGAGACUAAGCCAAUUACUAGUCUCUGGAAGGAAGCGCCUGCAGAUUGGACAUGUUCUAGUGGCUCAGGUGACCAAGUGGUUCAUCUGCCCUACUCCUCAGGUACCACCGGCCUCCCCAAAGGGGUCAAACUCACAGCAGCCAACUGGCUAGCAGUGCUCUCAACUAGUGGGAGGGAAGAAUAUCUGGACAUUACCAAGGGGGAUGUAAUUUUGGGUAUUCUGCCAUUUUUCCACGUCUUUGGAAUAGGAAUGUGCCUUUCCUCCCUUUUUCAUGGAGCAACAUUGGUUACCCUUCCCAGAUUCAUCCCGGAUAUCUUCCUAAAGGCACUUCAGACGUACAAGGUGACACUGGUGCCGGUAGUGCCUCCACUGGCCAUCUUUUUAGCCAAGCAUGAUGUUGUGGCCAAGUUUGAUCUCAGUUCCAUGAAGAGCAUCAUGUGUGGUGCUGCUCCUUUAGCUGGAGAGGUGCAACAAAUUAUAUGCAAGAGGUUUCCAGGAGUGACUGUCAGGCAGGGUUUUGGUAUGACGGAAACAACUUUAGCAGUGUUUGCUAGCGAGUCCCAUGAACCUGGGGCUGUUGGUCACAUCACGCCCCACAGUGAAGCCAAGAUUAUUGACAUGGAAACUGGAAAUUCUGUUGGACCAAAUGUGGAUGGAGAGUUGUGUGUGAGAGGACCAAUAAUAACCAAGGGUUACUUCAAUGAUGAGAAAGCCACAAAUGAACUUAUAGACCCCCAGGGCUGGCUCCACACUGGUGAUGUGGGCCACUACAAUGAGGAUGGAGUGUUCUACAUUGUGGACCGCAUCAAGGAGCUCAUCAAGUAUAAAGGCUACCAGGUUGCUCCUGCUGAACUUGAGGGUCUUCUGGUGACACACGAGGCCAUUGCUGAUGCUGCUGUUAUUGGUGUACCAGACGAGGAAGCUGGGGAGUGUCCAAAGGCGUACAUUGUGCCAAAACCUGGAAAAACAGUAGUACCUGAAGACAUCAUUGAUUGGGUUAAAGAGAGAGUGGCUCCCUUCAAGCGGCUGCGUGGAGGGGUGGAGAUCAUCAGUGCUGUGCCCCGCUCACCUGCAGGAAAAAUUUUGCGGAAAAACUUGCGAAUGCAGCCAAAUGGUGCCUAGAAAUUUGAUCAGUUAUACAUUGUUUGAAGUGUUAUAAGCAUUUUGUUAUCUUUGCAAGAGUAGAACAUGAAUUUAGAUGAUCAUCAAAGCUCUUAUUAGCUAACUAGUACUUGACACCAAAGGACAUGGAAAUUUCAUGUACUUUCUAUUAAAAAAAUGUGGACCAGUUGAUACAUUGUAAGUGCAAAAUCUAUAUUUUUGAAUUUUUAUUGAUAUAAAAAUAUAUCUAGUCUAUAAAUUUUUACCAACAAUCUUCCAUAAGACAUACUCAAGCUCAAAGAAGGGAAAUUUUUCUAUCUAGAGACAACUGUAGAAUACACAUACUAACUUAUUUUGUAACUGGUAGAUGAAUUAUAAAUAACCCGGAAGCUAUGCAGUAUCUGAGUAAGUAAAGAAGUUAUCGAUCACAUUAGACAACCUAAGUCUGCAAAGUGAGGAUGCAUUAUUGCUGGAGUUAGAUAAGAGGGAUGUGAAAUUAGUUUAUUUAGUGAUAGUCAUAUCUUGCUCUAUGGCUUUUUAACUGACUUUUUCUGUUCAUCGAUCACCAAAAUGUCUGGCUUACAUCACUCAUCAAUGUAGCUUAUGCCAAAUGACCAAGAACAAGACUUGGUCUGGAGCAGCACCACAUUGUAAUAUAUAUACCAUACAAUACACAUGUAUACCAUACUGUAACAACAGCACCUUGUGGAAGGUGAUCUACUCCCUCUAAACAAGUCUAAGGGAUUAUUUACCUCUGGUGAGUCUUUGUUUGGCAAAUGGUGCAUGGCUGAUGACCAAGACCAAGAUUUGGUCUGGACCAGCACCAGCAAUCAAUCAAUCAAUCAAUAUAUAUAUAUAUAUAUAUAUAUAUAUAUAUAUAUAUAUAUAUAUAUAUAUAUAUAUAUAUAUAUAUAUAUAUAUAUAUAUAUAUAUAUAUAUAUAUAUAUAUCUAUCUUGUGUGUGCUGUUUAUGCUAGUUGUAAGGUGUUUGUCAUCAUACAGCAGAGUAUGUGAAGCUCCAUACACGUUACCAUUCACUAGGGAGACCAGUUUGAGGGAAGCGCUGAUGUUGGUGAGUGGUAGUAGGUACGGGGUGCACACACUAGUUUUACAGUAUUUUACGGCUAGUUUUAUGGUGUUUUUAGUAAUUUUGACUCAAUAUGUUUCGUUUACGUAAAAAAACGGGUUAUGUCAUGGCUUUUGGAACCAAUUAAUGACCUAGAGCGGGAUAUGACUGUACUACUGAUAUUUAAGUAUAUAUUUCAGAACAUAGUCUCCUGAUGUUCAAAACACCAGAGUCUGUUCAUUUGACAGAUCAGGAAACCUUGCUCCCCCUCCUCAUUAGUGUAUAUUAAUUUUUGUAGAGACGGUAAAGAAAGUGCUGUUUACAGCCUAUUUUUUUGUAGUCUGCCUACUAUCCAAGAAUAAACAUGCUUCCCUGCAGGUAGUGUGGAGUAGCAUAAAAAUACUAACUUGAGGAAAUUUGCAAAAAUGAAAACCUCAGUUCGUGACAAAAGCCAAAAUCGAUGUGAAAGACGAAAAAUUCUGAUCAGAUACAAAAAGUGUUGGAAGUAACAGGAAGCAAUGUCAUUCAUCGUGAAAAGUGUUGUUUUCAGAGGCCAUUUUUAAGGGCAAUAAUGGUGAAUGUGGGGGGCUUCAGAAAGUUCAAGCUGAUUUUUUAUCAAUGAAACACUUUCAAGACAAUUUAAGAUAACAAACGAACAGAUUCAGCAGCUGUUCCUGCAGCAGGAUGUUAUGUUUGGCAGACAAAACUAACUCAGAGGAAAGUUUUUUGAUGGAGUACUUUACAUUUGUUUUUUAUAUAUUAAAAAUCUGUUAUCAUGGCUGACUCCAUUUUCUGUACAGGAAAAGUAGGAAGUUAAGGGUUCCAAUUUGAUAAUUUUUAAGUCAUGGGGAAAUGUAUUUCUGAAUAGGGCCCAGUCUUCAACUUAACCUCCUGUAGCAUAUGAGCAACUGUUUUGUCCGAGAUUUUGAAGUACUAUCAUACUACCAAAAAAAUUAUAUGGGGCACUUAUUGUAUAUAUCUUUUACCAUUAAUUUAUUUUUAAAGUUUUAAUAAUUUUUAUAGAAUACUGGCUCCCAAGAAUUAUACCUCCCCUGCUAAUGAUUUAUAUAAUUUUUCAAGAAUAUGCAGGGUGGACAUAAAAUACCAUUGUCACAGAAUCUCACUGUUUGCUCUUCACAGCCAACCAGUCACACACCUGUUCAGGUGGAGGUGCUGUGUUAGUCUGAGCAGCUGUAGCAAAAAUACCAUUAUAGGUGGUCAGGAUGUUUAGGCAGUGUUUUGUGAGCUGGAUUGAGACUCACUGGUGCUGCUCACCACAUUCCAAGAGUCCUGUUUAACAGAAGGCUAAGAUCUACAUUUUAGUCACUUCAUGUUUUCACAUUUGCAGUGUUUUUGUGUCCAUGUUGUAAUUUUGUGUAUCACAGUGUCUGUUACUUACAUAAUGGGAGGUAAAUAUCUCAAUAUAUGGUGUUAGUAAAUUACUGUAACUAGAUGUCUGUACAGUUUGUUGUUUAGUCUUCAGAAAAUAAACUGGAUACCCAAGAUACACAUC